AUGUCAAGCAGAGAAAGCCACCAGAAUGCCACGCAACGCGAAAACAGCAGAUCGGAAAGGCUUAGGCAAUGCUACCUUUCAAGUCUACCACACCUAAAUGAAAGACUUGCUUGGAUGUCCCAGAAGGAGAGAGAUCUAAGAAACUCAGAAGGAGCUUCGAGAAAAAUCCAACCUUUCCCCAAAGGGCUCAUCGAAGGUAGUCCACGCAGAAGAGCGGAAGCAAGAGUAAAUGUCAUCUUGACAAAUCGAUCGCUCUCCCAAGAGAUCGAUUUCUUGAACCGACACUACCAAGGGAGGGGUGGGUUCUUUGCUGGAUUUGAAGAACAACAAGAGAGAUACGAGGCAGUUUUGGAAGUCAUUGUACUCUUUGGAAAUUUCCCUGAUGGAGGUGUCCAAAGCAUUUUUCCGAGUCUGCAGUGUGAACUUCACAAAGAGAAUAACACAAUGAUGGAAAAUCGCCGACGAGCACCCUCACAGCAUCAGCCCUCGCGUGACUACCAAGGUCCCAAUCAAAGAACAACAAGAGGAAGACAAGAAGAAUACGAGGAACACGUACGAAGAACACGUGGUGAGGGAAACCUAUCCGCGUAUUACGCGCCAAACAAACCGGCUGGCGAGUUUGCGGAUCAACAACACAUGCAGCUCGCUCUGCGACCUGCUCAGGGACCUAGACCAGCCGGAGGCAUGUCAAACAGACCCAACGACCAUCGACGUGGCUAUGAAAACAUGGGAUUGAGCAGUAGACCGAUAUAUAAUCCCGCCUACCAACCCCCUAACAGUGGGCAAGAGAUGCAGAGAUGGCAGGAAAAGGCAGCCAACGAUAUUAGGCGGCGUGGAAACGAAAAUGACCCGUUUGUGGCUCCUCGAGAAAGUCAAUAUAGCCAACCACAGCAAAGACCGAAUCGAGCAUCUGAAAGUUUUCGCGGUAAAAUACCGGGUACACAAAACAAUCAGUUUAACCAGCCGCAGUCAAGGUCGAAUCAACCCUCUGGAAAAUUUCAAGUUCCGCCACAACACAGACAAAACAGUGUAUACGGCCAACCACAGCCAGGAUCGAGUCAAGCGCCUGCAAACUUUCAAAGUCGACCGCAAGGCUCGCAAAAUGAAGGCAACUAUGGCCAACUGCAGCUAUACAGGCCACCACCAAGCGCUCCCGUUCCACCACCGAUGCCGACAAUGGCUGGUUACCAUCCUCAUUCUUCGGGACCACCGAAGAGCUUCACUGGAAGUAGAGGAGAUCAGAGAUACAACGAUGAUGGAAUGCAGGCUUUCAACCGGCCUAUGGACAAUUACGGGUUGCCGCAAUAUCAGCAGGAGUACCGUCCCACAGAAGGCAACAGACCACCAAACAGAGGCCCUCACUUCGGUAUUCAAAUGUUUCGACCAGACUCUGGGUUUGCACAACCCGGGAGUAGCAGGGCCAUGGAUGAGAGACAGAGUAGGAGUAUGACACAAAUUCCUCAACGGUCUCCUCCGCCUGCUCCUCUUUUCCAACAGUUGCCUCAUAUGAAUCCGCCUGUUGACCAAGCUCAUCACCAACAAAGGGAAUGGACACGAAGAGAAAUGGAAGCCCGUAGAGAACACUACAAUCAGGCACAUUCUUUCGGAGGUCCACAUUUCAACCCUCCACAAGGGCAACAUUUCAAUUCGAACCCUGCAUCUGGAAGACGCGAGGAUUCGACUAGGGAUACUGAAGCCAGAAAGACCAGUCACGAGCCAGUAGGUCUAGAAAGACGGCGAACAAUGGUAUCCGGCGACCCAACACGACAAGAUGGUCGAAAAGAAAAUGCAGGAGGCAGACAGCCAAGAACUACACCGGGCCAUCCAGCGCAACAAGAUGCUCGACAAGGAAAUGCGAAAGACAGCCAGCCACCAAAAUUGCCCAUGUACGCACCACAGAAACUCAAUGACAACUCUUCUCGAGGGCCAAAUGCCCAAUUAAAACCACGGGAAAGAACGACCAGACGGAUUGAGUUGUUGCAGAAACAGCAGUCAAACCCCGAUCGUCUUGCAUCGGGGGAGUACAAGUCGGUGAAGAAAAACCCACCAAAGAAGCCUAAUCGUGCUCUAUGGCUUUACACACUGCAUGAAGCAACAACCUCCCUGGAAGUUUGUGAAACUAUCACAGAGGGAGAGGUAUACUCUUGCACGAUAGUCCCAUUUCGCCAGGAUACGAAAAGUCAACAGAGCGGUACUGUGGAAGCGAACAUCGUCUUUGGAAAAAUCGAGGCCGCUGAGGCUUACUGCAACAAAGUGAAAGCUGGGGCAGUGUCAAUUCGCGGAGUGAAGCCCGGCUAUCGCUGGAGCCUCAACCCAAUGGACAUCAUGCGACACAAACAGUCGUCCAGAGUAAUCCGCGUAACCGGGCCUGCGCAAAAAGUCGAUCGUGAUUCGAUAUCUACACUUAUGAAUCGCUAUGGACUCCCGUCUCCUCAGCGUAUAAGGCAACACUCGAUGAAAAAUGGUCUUCAAAUGUGCGAGAUGUUGUUCGAGUCCGUCAAAGACCACUCGGAGCCAUGUUACCAAUUCCUGAGAAGCAGGGGAAUGAAUUCGCCGGAUGACCAGAUGUGGACUACCUAUGGUCUUGAUCCUUGUGACAAGCAGAACUAUCAGCUGGCGACGUCCCGAGGCUAUUUCAACUUGCUCAGAGGCCCUUGA